UAACGACUUCUAAGAUGACACGCAAUUCAAAGUCUCCCCAAGUAAUGUUUGAAAAUUCCAUUUCCCCUUUAGACAUACUCUUUUUGAGAGGACUGUACCUGUUUAUAAUUAGAAAACCUUUUUCAAGGUUUUUACUGCUUUGAUAAUAUAGAAAGCAGUUUUCCUCUUUGGCUUAGCUGUCCUUUCUACAAAAUAAAUAGUGGGAAGUUGGUUUUUUUUACUACCGAAUUAGAGCUGUUCCUUCAUUUUGUUUUACUUCUUAAUUAAUUAAUUAUAAAAAAAUUUGGAAAAUCAUCUCAAAAGAACAAUUUGCCUCAUUCUCACUUUUCUGUAAGGAUUUACGAUCUGUAAAGUUUUGAUUGCUGAAGCAAACUAAAACUAACGAAAUCUCAUAACGAAGUUGUACGUUUGCUUAUUUAAAGGUUAACUCCUUUCUCGGAUUCGGUUUUGUAAAGGUGUUAGAACUGGACAUAACUUUCACUGUCUGUGUACGAUAUCAUGAGCAAAAGAAAGACUUCUACCAUUACAGAUUUUUUUCAAAAAAACAAUUCUGGCCGUAAUAUAUGGGGAAACGAAGCCGCUGCCAUCGAAGCAUCCCAGAAAGAGGCCAAAACCAAAACAAACAGUUUACAAGUAGAAGGAAUAAGUCCUGAAGCUUUAGAACGAUUUAAUGAUCCUUCGAUAAAGCUCGAAAAUGUGGAACCUCCUCAAUGGACUCCUCAAAACGAAACUGGUUUUUUAGAACCUAUCAAGUCCUCUAGUUAUGAAAAUGAAAAGGUCAGCAUGCCGGAGGUAAUGCUCUGCCCUGUUUGCCAGAUAGAUUUUAGUACCCUUUCUGUCGAUCCUAAUGAACACGUGAAUGCUUGUCUCGAUGGUCGAACUCCCGAAACUUUUGCUAAAAAUGCGAAGAAGAGGCUCUUCUUGUCUUUGGAAAGUUCAAAUGAUGCUGAUACCAUUGUUGUUGAUCCUAGAAGUACGCCUACCGUGGAUGCUAACAAACCUAUAAAGAAGUCGAGUCUUGCUCCUUUCUAUAAGAUUAUGCCAUACAACAUGCCGUUUGCUGUUGAUGCUUUCAGCUUUGGAGAUAUUGACGGUGUUGAAGCUUACUUUUUGUCUCAUUUCCAUGCUGAUCAUUACGGUGGAUUGUCUUCAAAAUGGGAACAUGGCCCAAUUUAUUGCUCGGAAGUCACUGGAAAUUUACUCGUCAAUAUCCUUCACGUGGAUGAAAAGUACGUGCACAGACUUUCUUUAAACGAACCUCACAACAUAUUGGGUGUUACGGUCUAUCUUAUUGAUGCGAAUCAUUGUCCCGGUUCGGCAAUGUUUCUCUUUGAAACUCUUCAUGAAAACAAGACGAAGAGAGUCCUUCAUUGUGGUGAUUUCCGGGCUUCCAAAGCACAUGUUACGCAUCCUGCUUUAAAAGAUAAAACCAUUCAUAAACUGUAUUUGGAUACUACGUACCUAAACCCAAAGUAUACCUUCCCUGCACAAAAACAUGUUGUUGAAGCUUGUGCUCGCAAAGCGCUUGAUGUGAAGAACGCUGCCAAUUCAAAAUUGCUGGUUGUUGUUAGCACAUACAGUAUUGGUAAGGAAAAGGUGGCUGUAGCCAUUGCGAAAUCACUUUCUUCAAAAAUAUUUGUGGUUCCUAGAAAACGACUUAUUAUUGAACAACUUGGCGAUCAGGAAUUACUGGAUUUAUUAACGGAUGAUCCGACCCAAGCGUCUGUUCAUAUGGUAACGAUGGGUGGUAUCCAGCCCAGUUCUUUAUUGGAAUAUCUGGAGCAACAUAAUUCGUUUGAGAGAGUGAUCGGGUAUCGGGUUACUGGAUGGACGUUUCAACCCCUUGAAAAACGAGCUGAUCUUAGCAGUAAUCUUGACUCUAUAAUUUCUCGGCCACCAAAGUUUGUAUCUCACGACUUACGAGCAAUGAGAGGAGCAAGCGAGAAAGUUGCUGCAUUUGUAGCACCAUAUAGUGAGCAUUCUAGCUUUUACGAGUUGACUAUGUUUUGUCUUAGUAUGAAUAUCCUUACCACUAUUCCUACGGUUAACAUGGGGAGCCAACGAUCUCGUGAAAAAAUGCAAGUAUGGCUAGACCGAUGGGCAUGGCGUCGCAAGAAACAAGGCUUGCUUUCCGUGGACGAUACGAAUUGGUAAUAAAAAGUAGACUUUUGGUUACAUAGGGAUAACAUUGGGAAAAUGAAAUAUAGCAU